AUGGCUGCCAGCAAGAGUAUUGUUGACAAGCUGCAUAGGACGCACCUACAUAUGAAUAUCGUCAGUGAUCUUCGUUCACAACACAAGUGGUCUGCUUUGAAUGACCUGGAGAAGGAAGACAUGAUCAUUUUCAACGCUUGGAAUAAUAUUCCUGACUCUUACGAUCAGCUGAAAAAGCUCACGUUUGCUGUUCUUUCCCUUUUCGGUUCUACAUAUAUAUGCGAACAUUAUUUUUCAAGCAUGAACAUCAUCAAGAGUAAACUGAGAAGUCGUCUUAUUCAUGAGAACUUGGAAUCAUGUCUAAAAUUAAAAACUACAUACAAACCUGACUUACUCAAACUUUCCAAGGAGCUGCAAGAACAUUAUUCGCGUUAA